AUGGCAAAAGUUGAGAGUAAAACGGUGCAGCCGCGUCCGGUGAGUAAGGCUGCGACACUCUCAGGUGAUGAAUUGCGCACUAUUCGGGUAUUCGAACAAAACAGUCCGUCAGUGGUUUAUAUUGCCACCACCCAACGGGUGCUGGACUUGUGGACCCGCAAUGUCAGUGAGCGCCCCAGCGGUACCGGUACCGGUUUUAUCUGGGAUGAGGCCGGACAUAUCGUCACCAAUUUUCAUGUGGUGUCCGGACACCGCAGUGCCAAAGUACGUCUGUCUGAUCAGCGUAUUUUCGAUGCUGAUGUGGUGGGGGCGAGUCCUGAGCAUGAUCUGGCGGUACUGAAAUUACGUGAUAACCGGAAUAUUCCGCCACCGGUUAAGGUCGGGAGUAGCCAUGAUUUGAAAGUCGGGCAACAGGUGCUGGCGAUUGGGAAUCCGUUCGGGCUUGAUCACACUUUGACGACCGGGGUGGUGUCGGCGCUGGACCGCAGUAUUGAUGAGCCCGACACGACUAUGGAUAACCUGAUUCAGACUGAUGCCGCCAUUAACCCCGGUAAUUCCGGCGGGCCGCUGCUGGACAGCUCCGGGCGGGUGAUCGGCGUGAAUGUCGCCAUCUACAGCCCUUCAGGCGCAUCAGCGGGAAUUGGAUUUGCGAUUCCGGUCGAUAUUGUCAACCGGGUGAUUCCGAAGCUGGUACAGCACGGGCGUUAUGUGCGGCCGAUUCUGGGCAUUACCAUGAAUGAUGAUGUGAGCCGGCAGGUCAGUGAACGUCUGAACGUGCAGGGUGUGCUGGUGUUGCGGGUACAGCCGGGAUCACCGGCGGAACAGGCCGGCAUUCAGGCGACACAACUGACCAUGAAUGAUGAUUUAUUGCUGGGUGAUAUGAUUCAGGCGAUUGAUGGUCAGGUGAUUGAAAAUGGCAGUGACCUGACCGAAGUACUGGAUAAUUAUCGCCUGAAUGAUACGGUGACGGUGCGUUUAUUGCGGGAAGGUCAGCAGGUGAUGGAAGUGCCGGUUAAGCUGACUUUGCAACGUUGA